AUGAAUGAUGACUAUAUUCCCAGCCUACAGGUUGAGCCCCAGCAGGACAUCCUCCAACUGGAUAGAACUUUAAGACGUCUUUGUUAUUCUGGAAGAUUAACAGAAGCUGUCAGACUUCUGUGGUCUGCAGGAAUGCAAGUACUCCCGGGGACGUACUCACUUCUUCUGCAGGAAUGUAUAUUCAGGAAAGCCUAUAGGAAGGCCAAGAUAGUCCAUUCGCAAAUGGUUGUUGUUGGAUAUGUGCCCAACGAGUAUCUGAAGACCAAAUUGAUAAUAUUGUACUCAAAGCUGGGUGACAUAGAAACUGCAAACUUUUUGUUUGAUAAAUUGUUGAAUAGGAGUCUUGUUUCUUGGAAUGCAAUGAUCGCAGGGCAUGUACAGAAGGGUGAUGAGUUCACGGCUUUGAAUCGAUACUAUGAGAUGCGAUACAGUGGUUUGACACCGGACCAGUACACAUUUGCCUCGGUGUUUAGAGCUUGUGCAGCUUUAGCCACCAUAGAACAUGGGAAGCGAGCACAUGCUGUUCUCUUAAAGAUUCAAAUAAAGGAAAAUGUGGUUGUUAGCAGCGCCCUCGUGGACAUGUACUUCAAAUGCAGCAGUCUCUCUGAUGGACACCGGGCAUUUGAUGAAUCUUUGGAAAGAAACAUAGUAACAUGGACAGCCUUGAUAUCUGGGUAUGGUCUGAAUGGGAGAGUUAUGGAGGUCCUGGAAUCCUUUCAUAAGAUGAAAAUAGAAGGUUUCAGACCUAACAAUGUUACAUUUCUUGCAGUACUUUCUGCUUGCAGCCAUGGAGGUUUGGUAGACCAAGGUUGGAAGUAUUUUCAUUCAAUGACCAGAGACUAUGGAAUUCAGCCUAGAGGGCAACAUUAUGCCACCCUGAUUGAUCUUUUAGGGCGUGCUGGGAGGUUAAAAGAGGCUUAUGAGCUUGUUUUGAAUUCUCCCUGUAGGGAGCACCCGGUCAUAUGGGGUGCAUUGCUUGGCGCUUGCAGGACUCAUGGAGACAUUGACAUGUUAAAAGUUGCGGCAAGAAAAUACUUUGAAUUAGAACCAGAAAAUUCAGGGAAGUAUGUGGUCCUGUCUAACGCUUAUGCGACCUUUGGUAUGUGGGACAAUGUUGCAGAGAUUAGGGGUGCAAUGAGGAAUUGGGGAAUGAUGAAGGAGCCUGGUUAUAGCAGGAUUGAAGUAAAAGAUGAAAUCCAUUUUUUCUGUAAAGGGGAUAAAUUGCACAGGCAAUCUGAAGAGAUAUAUCAGAUCAUUAAAGACACGAUAAGAAUUUUAAAGGAUGCAGACUAUGUUCCAGAUUUGAGCGCCGAUUGAUUGAGCCUGUACUAGGUCCUCAUAUAUCCAUUCAUAGUCUGGAAGUUGAAAAAUGGAGCACCUUAUUGCCCAUUGCAUCGGAUUAGGUGGAGGUUAUUUGCACCUAAUAUUGUCUGUUCAGAAGUGUGGCAGUAAUUAAGUCCAACAAGGAUACAAGAUAUGGGUUGGAUUCCAUAGUGACACAUGAUGGGGCGAAAUUUCCAUGUGUUGCUUUGGGAGAUCUGUCUUCAUUCAGACAAAAGUUUG